AACAUUUGAUACCAUUCGGAGCCUCCUCAUCACCAUGUCGACAUCAAUAUUUUACAGCAACAAGCGGGUUGUAGUCGGUGCAAUCACCGCGCUUGCGUUCCUCCUCUUCCUGAUUUUGGUUGGUAUCGACCGCAGCGAUGAAGUUACGGCACAUACGACCACAUACUUCCAAAGAUUAAAAAACAUGACCUCUACAAAUUCACAACCUUCUUCUGAGCAGUGGGCUACCAUGAAGGCAUACCUGUCCGAGAUAGAAUCGGCGGUGAAGGGCUUGCGGACACCGGCGCUGUCAGCAGCGACGGUUCCAACCGGAUCCAUGGAAGAUAUAAUGAACAGGACCCUUGGGUUCGAAAAGAUAUUCACAAUCUCUAUGCCAUCGCGGGGCGACAGACGGGACAACAUUGCCGUCCAAGCCUCACUUUCAAACAUAGACAUGGAAUUCGUCGAUGGUGUCCCGGGCGAUCUUGUUGACAAGAAGAGUCUUCCAUGGACAAUGGAUCAAGAACCAGCUGUGGUCGGCUGCUGGCGAGCACACAUGGACGUGUUACAAAUGAUCGUGGCCGAGAACAUCCAAUCGGCACUCAUCUUCGAGGAUGAUGCGGACUGGGAUAUCGGCUUCCGUGCGCAACUCAAACAACUGGCUCGUGGUGCAAAGUACCUUCAAAAGGUGGAUGAAGACGCGGUUACAAGGUCCCCGUACGGCGACAGCUGGGACAUGCUGUGGCUGGGACAUUGCGGCCAAUUCACGAUGGAUUCAGACAAGCGACGAUUCGUCAUUACUGAAGACCCGACUGUCGAACCGACGGUGCACAGAAAAUAUUGGUUGGAAAACCCCGACAUGUCCACAUGGGAUCAUCCAUCCAACGCCGUCAACGAUACACGCAUCAUAUUCCGAUCUUCUGGCGGCAUAUGCACCGCAGGUUUAGCCAUCUCACUUGCCGGGGCUCGAAAGGCACUCUUUCACAUGAGCCUGUCGCCCUUCAACGCACCAGUCGACUGGGGCUAUGAUGGCCUUUGCAAGAACAAGGACACGAAUGCCCUCUGCAUCUCACCGUACCCCGCGAUGAUCGGGGUCAGUCGACCGAUAGGCCCGCGCAGCAGAAGCAGCGACAUCAGUGUCCAUGAAGGUUACUUCGAACAUCCCGUCUCGAACCGGACCUCUUUCUCCACCCGUCUCAACAUGAAGAGGCUCAUCAACGGCUCCAGGAGAUUCAAGAAUAAUUAUAAUGAAGAAAUUCAGUUGACGCGAGAAGAGAUCGGCGCGGGUGUCGGCCAUCCCGAAGAUUUGUCUUGAUUCAAGAAGAUCAGCUCUACUUUUCCAUUAAAAGGAGUGGAAAAAGUACACCUUCACUAAACGAUGAAAAGACACGACUUGCCACCAGGGGAUUUACCGAUCAUAAUUCGACAGUAUAUGAUUGGACACCGAGAUUGUCUUCCCUAGCGACCGACACGAUACCGACGAACCACUUCGACAUCCCUGCUAGCCUUCGUCUCAAACCGGUAUUGUCCAGGGUACAAGAUUCAGUAAAGACUCCGGCAAAAAUGUCAAGCGAGUGCACUUCGAAUAGGGACGAUCUCUCCAUGCGUCUAUCGAGACUGGGGAGGAGAGAAGACCGAGGGGAAAUACGAGAGACAAGGGGAUAUUCCAAGCAAUACAUAUUAAUGGAGGACCAUCACCUCCUGUAUCGGCUGGCUCGCGUCAUUAAAGGCCCGUUGAC